AUGCCUAGCCGGAUUAUGGCGCUGCUGUGCCAGCGACUGUCCGUGUCGUGGGCGUGUCUCACGGCGCUAUCGGCGGAUGGGGAGGUCUUCCAGCACAUCGGCUCGGCAUAUUUCGUGGAGAACAAAGUCGGAACUAGUUCUUUUUCAUCCUGCCGUACGAAUAGUGGUAUACCACAGGGAUCUGGGCCUGGUCGAGGGCCGCCCUCGCGAACGAGCUCCACGAAUAGCAUCGCCGGGGCGUCGGCGGUGGAGGUGGGCAUGUCCGAUCCGCAUCGCCUCCGCGGCUCCGGAACCAGCAUCGAGGCGGCAGCCUGCUCCAACCAACCGCUCAUGCUCAGCGAUCCUGGGCCCGCCGCCGCCGCCGCUGCCGCCACUGCCUCCGCAUCAACGGGCCCAAUCUCAGGCGGCACAACCACCGCGACGGCGGCGGCGCCGCCGCCGUUGGCCUCUAGUGCCGCCGCCGCUCAUGCCUCCGGUCUUUUGUCCGGCGGUCACCCCCAACAGCAGCUGCACCCACAACAUCACCAUCAACAGCAACAGCGAUUUCAGCCGUGCUAUCCUAGCUCUGGAGCAGGCCCCGAUGUGCCUCAGCCAGCCCCCCACCCACAGCAGCCACAGCAGCAGCAGCAGCCACAGCAGCCACAGCAGCAAUCUCAGGAGGACCGGUUGACUGGGGAGGUGCCCGUGUCCUCCUGGCCGAUUGACUGGCAGCUCAUGUAUCGCGAACGCGGCAUGCGGGCCUUUGCCUGCAUGCCAGUCACUGCAACGAAUGGCUCCGGAACCGUCAUCGGCUGCCUCAGCUUGGGAAAUACCGAGCCCCUGGACUGGUCGCGGCAGUUCUGGGCAAGCUCCACGCGACUGAUCACCGGUUGGGCGGCGGGUGCGAUUACCACCACACGCGCUACCGCGCGUGCGACCUUCUUUUCGCGGGUUUUCGGUGCGACCAACCUUGACGGCCUCGCGCGCGCGUUUGCGUACGACAUGCCGAUAUUUCUGGCCGACGGCGCCGCCGGUCCUGGUACGGCACUGCCAGAGCACGCGGUCGUGUAUGCGGCGCCGUUGCUGCAAGUCUCAGGACGGCUGGGCCUACGACCCAUAGGUCAUUUGGGGCUUGGCGGCGGUGGCGGGAACGGGACUCACGGAAACGGGGCACUCAGCGGCGGCGGCGGUGGCGGUCCUUUCGUUGCCUUCGGCGGCUCGGGACCUAGCGGUUCCGGAGCGUCUAUGGCGGGUCUCGUCAUUGGCUCUGUUAACAGCAUCGGGGCGGAUCGGGGGGUGCUGCCCGGGGCAGGUCUAGGCCUAGCGCCAACGGCGCACCCGGCGGCGGCGGCGACGAUUGCGGCGCGCACCAGCAGCACGGCGACUGGGUACGACACCAUGGAUUGCAUGGUCCUCGGCACGACGUUGGAUGCGGAAGAGCAGAUGAGCAGCAGUAGCAACAGCAACGGCGGAGGCGGGUCGUCCGCACGGCGCGACGGCGGCAAGGUGCCGUCAUUGGUGCUAGGGGCCGCGGACGGCCAUGGCGGCAAGGCGGGGGUGGCGGCGGCGGCAGUGCAGGAGGCGCCCCCCGUGGAGUGUGUCAAAAUCAGCACCGACAGCACCUUGCUGAUGAGCGUGUUGGAGGCCGGGGACAUCAUGAUUAUCAAGGACGCGCUGCAGUACUUCGGCGGCGGCCGCAUGGUGGCUCGCGACCUGGCGCUCAACAACACCCGUCCCGCCACCGCCGGGACGCUGGUGAUCCUGCCGCUGGUGCAUCGAUGCAGAUCGCUGGGCUGCGUGUACGUCUUUGCGAGGAACGAGUUCAACCUCACCUUCAGUCGCGCGGCCUGGGGGGAUCUGUCCGCCAUGACGUCGAGAGCCGUUUUCGGGCAGCUGGUCGGCAAGCUGCGACACGAGUGGUACGCGGUGCUGUCUGAGGACCCGGAGCCCCAGGCGCCGCAGUUCCGCAGCGCCCACGUCGGCAGCGGCGCCCGCGGCCGCGUGCGUCGUACAACUACCGCCAACAGCUUCUGCUCGAACGCCUCUUCACUCCGACCCUCCUUUGAGCUCCCCAACAAAAGUCUGGAACAGGCCACAGGGACGGGUGCCGCCGGCGGCGGCGGCAACAAAGAAGCAGCGGCGGCGCUGGCGGCAGCGGCGGCGGUGCUCGAGUACGCUGGCUUCAUGCUGCCUGACGGCGACGACGGACCCGCGACGGCGGCGCUGACGGUGCUGCCGACGGCGCCGACGUCGCGGAGCACCGGCGCUACGACAGUAGUGUCGUCGCCGCGCCACAGGAUCCCGUCGGAACAUGCGGGGGUGGGCAACCAGGGAGGCGGCGGCAGCGGCACCGGGUCAUACGAGCCGCCGAUUACGACAACCCCAGCGGAGGCUGACGCCGCCGCCGCGGCGGCCGCUACUGUCAUUGCAAUCCCGGCACCCUCACCCAGGCCCGGCGGCUCCGAUCCGCCUAGUACAAGUCCAAGCAGCCUCAGCUUCCGCCUCCCCCCGGAGUUACAAGACCGUACGGGGCCCGAGGGCACGAAGCCGGAAGGCGGGGAGCCCGAGGCGAGCGUUGCUGGCGGAGCGGUUUCUCAUCCUGCGAGCCAGACGGUGCGGGACUCCCCAGUCACAGAGCCCGGGAAGGACACGUCACCCCCUGCGGAGUCGACGGUGCCGUUGGCUCUGAAGCCGGUUUCGCUGGCGCCGGUGUCGCCUAGAUCGCCCCGUGGCGGGCCGCAGACCGAGCUUGCGACCGCCGUCGCCGCCGCCGCCGCCGUCGGUGCUAAUGAUACAGUGGCGGAUGGCGCCGGCGGCGGUUCCGCCACAGCCGCCGCCGUGGCGGCGGCGGCGGCGGCGGUGGCGGCAGAGCAGCUGGCCGGUAUUACUGAGGCUGGCGACGUGGAGGCGGAGGACGGAGAGGAGGUCAGCGGCAGCAGCCGAGAGCUCCAGGGCUGGCCCGAGCUGGUGGACAUCCUGUACGACAUGCACCGUACACGUAAUGUGUCCGUGUACUUGGCGGCGUACCGGGGUCAGGCAGUGGCUGUCAAGAUGAUGCGAUCCCACAUGUCCAUGGACGGCCGUCCAGGUCACCUGGACUCGGAGGCACUCACCAUCGCGGCACAGCAGCAGCUCAGCACCGUACGGCACCCCAAUGUACUGCGUGUCCUCAUGGUUUACCCUCUCGUGUACGAGGUCGUGGCCGGCAAGCCCCAACGAAGUAAUAACUCCUUCAUUAUGAAUGGCGGCGGCGGCGCCGCCGCCGCCGCCACCGCUUCCUCGCAGCAGCAACACUUGCAGCACCCGCAUCAGUGGCAGCUGCAACAGCAGCAGCUACUGCAGCUGCAGCAACACCCGCAGCAACUCGGCGUGGGGCUGGGGCCUCUGGGCGCCAUGGUUCAUGCUAUGAGCGACCUGCUCUCCGGCGCCGGCGCCGCCGACGCGUCGGGCGGUGGGGUGUACCUGACUGCCGUACUGCCGAGACGGGAGAAAUUCAAGCGUGGCCUGGCGCUCAUGCUGGAACUCUUCCCGUCGCUCAGUCUUCGUGAAGCGUUGCAAAAGCGCAUGCUCGUAGCGCAACCUGAUGCCGUCGGCGGCGGCGGCGGCGGCUUGACCUUCGCUGAGCAGCUCUGCGGCGCGGCGUCGUACACGUGCGUCGGCAGUCAAACCGCGACGCUGAGCGAUAUCGGGCAGUUGGGAACACCAGCUGCACCGGGCCCGAACUCCGCCGGCGGCGGCGGCGGUGCUGCCGGCCAUCCGGCGCCGUACCUGCCCUCGCUGCCAGAGGUCGCCUCCGGCAACGACCCGAUUUUUCACGCGGACUCCUCGCCGGGCCUCGCAUUGACGGGGGCGUCCAACAGCGGCGGUGCAAAUGCUGGCGCGUUCGGCAGCGGCCCUGGCGGCGGCGUGCACGUCUGCAGCCAGGCGCCGUCCAUGGCGGUGCUGCUCGCCAUCUUGACCCAAAUAGCUGCCGGCAUGGCGGCGCUUCAUUCCGCCGGCCUGGGGCAUGGGGAGCUCCGGCCCGAGAAUGUGCUGCUGGCGCUGCCGUACCAUUGCGGCAGCAGCAGCCUCGCCACCUCGGGCCAGGAAGACCGUACGGCCGCCGCCACCGUCGACGGCGUCACCGCCAACAUCACACCGCGCGCGUCACCGACGCCGCAGCGCACCGCCUCCGGCGGCGGCUGCAACGGCACGGUGUUUGGUAGUGGUGGUGUGAGUGGUGGCGUGAGUGGUGGUGGUGGUGGUGGCGGCGGCAGCCGCGGCCGCAGCACCAGUGGGUGGGUGUCGGGAUCCAGCGGUGGUGGCGGUGGCGGUGGCGGCGGCGGCGGCGGCGAUCUGGAACGAUCGUCGAGGCCUGAGCGGCCCCAUCCUGGGCGACCCAUCACCACUGACGUGAUUGUCAAGAUCAAGGACGCCGGCAUGACGUCGGUGGGCUUCUCAAAGGGCAGCCAGACGGUACGGAAGCUAUUGCAGCGCAACCGCAGCGCCAUACUGCCGAUACUUGCCCCCCGAGAUCCAUCGCGAAGAACGGUUCGGCCGCAGCGCCGAGUGUACAUGUUUGGCAUCUUGAUGUGGGAGCUGUACACGGGCAGCGUGGCCUUCUCCAACCUGUCGGGCACCCCCAUCAAGCUGCUUCAGACCAUCAUUGCGGACGGCGUUCGACCCCCCUGGCCCGAGGGGACCCCUUUGUGGUACCAGUCCCUCGCCAGCCGCUGCUGGUCCGGCAACCCCAAACAGCGCCCGUCGUUCCGCCGCAUCGGGGACAAGCUGGUCGAGGCCAGCGCGUCGGCGUCGGCGGUAGCGGGCAGUAGUGCCGCUGCCGCUGCGGCGGUGGCGGUGGCGGGCUGGGGAGUUGGCGGCGGCGUGCUUCAGGGUGUCGCCGAGGGGCCCUGA